AUUCAAAAUGCGAUAUUUCCAGACUCUCAAAAUAAAUUUCUUAUAAUAAAAGACAAAGCAAAGCAGUCUAAAGUUAAGAGGAUUAUUAAGAGCUUUAACUCUGCAUGUAAAAACGAUCAUAAAGGAAUAGUAAAAGUGACUACAACCAAAUAUAUAAAUUUUUUACCAGUAGAACAAAAUAAUCCUAGCGAAAAAUCCGAGAAAAACUAUAAUUUGGAUGAAUUGCCAUCAACCAGCGCAAGCUAUUUAUCAAAACAUGUACUUAAUGAAAAGGAAGCAAACAUUAUUCAGGGUGCUAAGUUUGUCGAAAACUCCGCUAAAACUUCUUCUUCUUAUGUAGCAACAAUAAGUCAACCUACAUUUAGUAAUACCAGUGAUUAUGUUGCAACAGUAUCAACUGCCUGCAAAGUAAAUGAAAACACACCAGUACCAAUUAAAUCCAGUCAUCUAGUUACAGCAGUAGUAACAGAAAAUAUACCUAUAUUAAGUAAGUUCAGUGAUCCUAUUGCUACAGUGUAUCCUGCCGAUAACACAUCUACAUCAAACAACUCCAGUUGUCCUGUUGCUACAGUAUCUCUUGCUUAUAUUGCAAAAGAAAACAAACAAACACCAAGCAAUUCCUGUCAUCCUCUUGCAACAGGAUCUUCUGCUGAAGUAACAACAGAAAACAAACUUACAGCAAGCGAAUCCUGUUAUUCUACUGCAACUGUAUCUUCUGAUGUAGUAACAGAAGACAUACUUACACCAACCGGGUCCAGUUAUUCUAUUACCACAGAAAACCAAAUUUCACCAAGCGUGUCCAUUUAUCCUACUGCUACAGAAGAGAAACUUUCACCAAGCAACGUCACUGGUCCUGUUGCAACUGCAUCUUUUGCUGAUGUAGUAACAGAAAACAAACUUAAACCAACCGAGUCCAGUUAUUCUAUUACUACAGAAAACAAACUUUCAUCAAGCGUGUCUAUUUAUCCUACUGCCACAGAAGACAAACUUUCACCAAGCAACGUCACUGGUCCUGUUGCAACUAUAUCUUCUGCUGAUGUAGUAACAGAAAACAAACUUACACCAACCGAGUCCAGUUAUUCUAUUACUGCAGAAAACAAACUUUUAUCAAGCGUGUCCAUUUAUCCUACUGCCACAGAAGACAAACUUUUACCAAGCAACGGCACUGGUCCUGUUGCAACUGUAUCUUCUGCUGAUAUAGUAACAGAAAACAAACUUACCACAAGCGAGUCCUGUUAUUCUACUGCAACCGUAUCUUCUGAUGUAGUAACAGAAGACAUACUUACACCAACCGGGUCCAGUUAUUCUAUUACCACAGAAAACCAAAUUUCACCAAGCGUGUCCAUUUAUCCUACUGCUACAGAAGAGAAACUUUCACCAAGCAACGUCACUGGUCCUGUUGCAACUGCAUCUUUUGCUGAUGUAGUAACAGAAAACAAACUUAAACCAACCGAGUCCAGUUAUUCUAUUACUACAGAAAACAAACUUUCAUCAAGCGUGUCUAUUUAUCCUACUGCCACAGAAGACAAACUUUCACCAAGCAACGUCACUGGUCCUGUUGCAACUAUAUCUUCUGCUGAUGUAGUAACAGAAAACAAACUUACACCAACCGAGUCCAGUUAUUCUAUUACUGCAGAAAACAAACUUUUAUCAAGCGUGUCCAUUUAUCCUACUGCCACAGAAGACAAACUUUUACCAAGCAACCUCACUGGUCCUGUUGCAACUGCUUCUUUUGCUGAUGUGGCAACAGAAAACAAACCUACAUCAAGCGAGUCCAAUUAUACUGCUGCAACCGUAUCUUCUGAUGUAGUAAUAGAAAACAAACCUACACCAACUAAAUCCAGUUGUCCAAUUACUACAGAAAAUAAACUUUCAUCAAGCGUGUCCAUUUAUCCUACUGUUACAGAAGACAAACUUUCCCCAAAUAAGCUCACUUGUCCUGUUGCAACUAUAUCUUUUGCUGAUAAAGUAACAGAAAACAAAUCUACAUCAAGUAAGUCUAGUUGUUCUGUUGUAAAAGAAAAUAAACUUACACCAAGGAAGUCCAAUUAUCCUGCUGCAAACUUAUCUUCUACUAAUAUAGUAGCUGAAAACAAAUCUACUCCAAGUAAGUCAAGUUAUCCUAUUGCUCAAGAAAACAAACUUUCACCAAGAAAGCCCACUUAUUCUGCUGCAACUGUAUCUUCUGCUGAUAUAAUAACAGAAAACGAAUCUAUUCCAAGCGAAUCCAGUUACUCUAUUACUACAGAAAACAAAGUUUCGCCAAGCAAGUCCAAUUGUCUUGAUGCAACCUUAUCUUCUUCUGAUAUAGCAACAGAAAACAAACUUACACCAAUCGAGUCCAGUAAUCCUGCUGAUAUCUUACCUACUGCUGAAAUAGUAAAAGAAAAUAUAUCUACAUUGCUUCAUUGGACUUGCUUCAGUUAUUCUAUAGAAACAGAACACAAUAUUACACCAAACAAGGCCAGUUAUUCUAUUACUACAGAAAACAAACUUUCACCAAGUAAGCCCGAUUAUAAUGCUGCAACGUUAUCUUCUGCUGAUAUAACAACAGAAAACAAACUUACACCAACCGAGUCCAGUUACCCUAUUACAACAGAAAACAAAGUUUCACCAAACAAGUCCGAUUAUAAUGCUGCAACGUUAUCUUCUACUGAUAUAACAACGGAAAGCAAGUUUACACCAAGUAAGUCAAGUUACCCUGUAGCAACUCACACCAAUAAACUCACACCAAUCAAGCCCAAUUAUCCAGUUGCAACAGUGUCACCUGCUUAUAUUAUAACAGAAAACAAAUCUACAAUAAGCAAGCCAAUUUAUCCCUUCGCAACAGUUUCUUCAGUUAAUGCAACUACAGGAAACAAAUCAACACUAAGAAAGCUAAGUAAACAUACUUCAAACACGUCAAAAUAUCCUAUUACACCAGAAUCGAUUGCUUAUAUAGCAGCAGAAAAGAAACUCAAACCAAGGAAGUUAUCCUACUAUCCUAUUGCAGUAGUGUCUCCAGCUUAUAGAGAUACAGGAAACAAAUCUGUACCUGGGGCAAUAGAGAAUAAACCUGCGCCAAACAACUUAUCCUGUUAUCCUACUGCAACAGUACCCCCGGUAGACAAAAUACCAGAAAACAAAGCUAUACUAAAUGAGUCGAAUUUUCCAAGUAUAGGACACAAAACUUCACCAAACAAGGCAAGUAAUCCUAUUGUAACAGUUUCUUCUACUAGCAUUAGCACAGAAACCAAACCUAAAGUAUCCUUUGCUUACAUAACAAAAGAAAAUAUACCUAUAAAAAACAAGAUAAGGCAUUCUGUAUCAACUCAGAACAAACCUUCACCAAACAAAACCAAUUAUCCUGUUGCAAAAGUGUCUCCCGCUUGCAGAACAACUGAAAACAAACCAUCACCAAGUAAAUCGAGUUAUCCGGAAUCAUCAAAAUCUACUGCUAACAUGGCAACGGAAAAUAAACUUUCACCAAGCAAGCCAAGUCAUCCCCCUGCAAUAGUAACAUCAGCUUACAUAAACGAAGAAAACAAACAUAUAUCAAGCAAAUCAAAUUAUCCUGUUACCGCAGACUCUCCUGAUUACAUAGCAACUGACAACAAAUCUACAUCAAGUAAUCCAAGUUAUCCUGUAGCAGAAGGUUCUCCUGUUUAUAAGACUGCAGAAAAUGAUUCCAAACCAAGCACGCAAAAUUUACCUAGUACACCAAUAUCUUCUGCUAACAUAACAAUUGAAAACAUACCUACGCAAAGCAAACCUCCUUAUCAUCUUCCUGUAGUUUCUUCUGAAUCUAUACCGACAGAAAGCAAUCCUAUGCCAAUCAAACCUGCUUAUCAACUUUCAACAAUUUCUUCUGGAUCUAUAUCGACAGAAAACAAUCCUGCUUUAAGCAAUUGCAUUUGCACUAAUCCUGUUGCAAUAGUGUCCCAUUCUUACAUAUCACCAGAAAACAUACCUACACCAAACACACCCAUUUAUCUUCCUAUAAUAGAUUCUCCUGUUUAUAUACCAACGGAAUGCAUAACUACGCCUACUAACAUUAGUUAUCCUAUUGCAACAGUAUCAACGGCAGCUAUUAAAAUACCUACUUCACAAAUAGUGGUAUCGCCAAUAUAUCCUCCUACAAUGAUAUAUAAUCAUCCACAAUUUACACCAUUCAAAUUGCCACAACCAAUAUAUCCAACCGCAAUAGUUAGAGCAACUAAUCAACACACUAUACCACAUAAGCCGCCAACUUAUCUUGAAAACGUAGAAGAUUUUAUUGCAAAGUCUGAACAGCAAACAACAUUUGUUACUAAAACACCAAUAAAGAAACGUAGUCAUCAUGAAGAUCUGUCCGGGGAUACUCUAGAACAAUUGUCUUCUUUGGAAGCGUUAACGAAACUAUUCGAUAAAAAAGCAAUACGAUUCACAGGCGAUAAAUCAGAUAAGUCUAAAAAAGAGAGACCAAUUUUGGGUGGCAGAUCUAUUGUUAAGCCAUUUGUCAAUGAUCCAGAACCUACUUCUUUGCAAAUACAGAAGAAAGAAAAUUUGAGUGAAAAUAAAACAAGCAUCCAACGUCGCAAAAUUAUUUAUCACUUCAAGUUCGGUUGCCAAGGUGAAGACGAUGCUAAGUUCUUGAGUGCAAAUGGAAUAGUUGUGAAUACGGUUAACGAAAUUAUACUUUGUGACAAAAUUAUUGGGCGAGUGUCAGUCUUCGACAGAAAUGGUAAUUUCAAGUAUAGUUUUGGUAGAAAGGCAACUUACUUCGUCAAUUUGGAGUGUCCUUUACGACUUAGAGUGAUGCCAGUCUGUAGUGAUAUCGUUUUGUUGGAUAAUUGUGAAACUAAAGGAAUUAUUAAGAUCUUUGAUAAAUUUGGAAAUUUAAAAAUCGAGUUCGGUGAAGGUCAAUUGAUUGGUGCUUGCUGUAUGACUGUAGAUUACUGUGGACGUAUACUUGUUAUGGAUUGUAAAUUGAACACAAUGUUUGUUUUUAAUGAAAAUGGUGGACUGCUUCAAUGGUUCUUUUGUCCCAAAUUAAUACACGCAACAGAUGUUAGAACCAAUGACAAAAAUGAGAUAUUUAUUACAGAUGACAUAGAUCAUUGCAUCAAAGUGUAUAACUAUCAAGGUUCAUAUCUACGUCAAAUCGGUGAUGAAAAAUAUAUAACUAAUCCUAUUGCGCUAGAUAUUAAUUCGGAUGGAAACCUUGUCGUGGGUAGUACAUCCAUGCAAUUUAAUAUCACGAUUUAUAAACAAACUGGAGAACUAGUCUGUGCUUACGAGGCGAAGCGUAUACAUUCAACCACAGUGAAUAUGGUACUCCUUGAUGAUAAAAAUGUUAUUGUUACUACUUCAGACUGCAUAGCUUAUAUGUAUCGUCUGGAUUAAAAGGUAUAACAUUUAUAAGAUUUUGAAAUAAUUUUGAUAUUAUUGCAUAUAUAAACACUGAAUAUAAUGCAAUUGUGACAUUAACAUAAGGACUGCUUUAUGCAUUAAUAAUAA